AUCCUGUUCAUCCUAAUUCAUCCUGUGAAUAUAUCAUUAUAGAUCUGAAUGAAUUAUGGAUUAAUAUUUGAAAAUGAUAUGAUUUAAUAUAUUUUUUUUUCCAGACAUGGGGAUUAAAUUUUUCCUACUCUGCGUUGCCAUUCUAAAUGCAACUGCAGUCAGUGGUUGCCCAAUAGGCCAGGAGUUCAUCACUGCCGUCAUGCCUAAUUAUGUGGGUAAUGAUGGUGUCGCCAAACUUUCUAUCACAGCCCAGACGUCCUUAGCUACUGUUACAGUCGAAAUCAAGGGGCUCCAAUAUAAACAAUCACUAAAUAUAGAGAAGGGCUCUACCACAUACGUCACCCUCCCAAACAAGGCUGAGGUUUCUGAAAAUGGAGUCUCAGACAAAACAGUGCUGAUUACCUCUAAUACAGAUAUCUCAGUGGUGUCCUCUCACAUCAAACCAUUUAGUGGAGACAGCAGUGUGAUCUUCCCCAGUCAUCAACUUGGCAGGAGACAUGUAGUCUACACUCCAGAAGGAGGUCCCCUUAAUAAGGUUGUGGCUAUCGUCAAUGGCAAGGGAGACAACACAAUUACUCUUCUACCAUAUGCAGACCUCCAGCUUAAAAACAACAUACACUUGCAGCGAGGAGUAAAGAUGUCUAUUAGAUUAGCUCCUUAUCAGGUUUAUCUGCUCCGGAGUGAGAAGACCUUAACAGGAACUAUGAUUGAGUCUCAGCUCCCUGUAGCCGUCCUGGCAGGACAUGAGUGCCUCAGCAUCGUCUAUACCUGUGAACAUGUCUAUGAACAGCUGGUGCCAGUAGAGUUGCUCUCUGAUGAGUACCUAGUCCCUGCCAUGCACCCCUUGCUUAUUAACCAGGACACAGCCCAUGUUAUUGCAAGUGAGGAUAAUACUGAUGUGACGGUUUUUCAUGGUCCAAUCCCCCAGCACAAAUCACUUCGUUCUGGAGAGCUUCUGAAUGUUUUUAUUAAUUUGCCAACAGUCAUCCGAAGCAAUAAAAAGAUCAUGGUUAUGUAUUCCAGUUCCAACCUUCCCUUUGAUGAGUUCUUGACUAACAUAAUUCCUGUAUCACGGAUGUCCAACUCAUGGACUGUUUAUGCACAAGAUAGUUACCUCAAUUUUGCUGUUGUUGUAUCAGAAAUGCAGCCAAGUAUUUCUCUUUUGAAUCUCUUAGUACCUGUUUUUGCUGCAAACAGGAAGUAUACAUGGUCUAUUAGAGCACUUGGUAGCCAGAAAGGCCCUAUAACCAUAUCCAAUAAACUACCACAGGCUGUCUAUGUUUUUGGUGGGAAAGAAAGACAUGGCUAUGCCACAACAGGAGUGUGCAGUGCUCCUUCUCCACCACUACCUCCGGUAGAUCCCUGCGCAUCUGUUAAAUGUCGUUGGAGAGAGGAGUGCAAGAAGGGUGUCUGUGUCCGUGUUGACACAGCAACAUGUUGGGCUCUCGGGGAUCCCCACUACAAAACAUUCGAUGGGAACGCAUAUGAUUUCCAGGGCACCUGCACCUACACCAUGACCACUACUGUAAAAACUGAGAAAGGCCUUGUCCCCUUCACAAUUUUGGCAAAGAAUAAUAAUAGAGGGAGUAAUGUGGUGGCCUAUGUGAGGACAGUAUCACUCAGUGUGUACAAUCAUACAAUAGUUGCCAGCAAGCAAACAGGUGUAGUUGAGGUGAAUGGUGAAAUCACUUACUUGCCUGUACGUUUAGCUGGAGGAAAGAUAGAAGUGGUGCGAAGUGGUUGGAAUGCACUCAUAACAACAGACUUUGGCUUAGAGGUGAAAUAUGAUUGGAACAUGAUGCUAUACAUAACAGUGCCCAGCACCUACUUUGGGUCACUUGGUGGACUUUGUGGAAACUACAAUGGAGACAGGACAGAUGAGCUGUCAGACCCCAAGGGAGUGAAACUCUCCACUGUCCUGGAGUUUGCCAAGAGCUGGAAAGUUUCAGACAAUGACUUUUUCUGCCAUGAUGACUGUGCGGGCAAGUGUCUCCUCUGCCCGUCUGAUCUUAAAGUAAAAUAUAGUGAAAACAAUUACUGUGGUCUUAUGGCAAAAACAGAUGGGCCAUUUGCCCAAUGCCACAAGAUUGUCGACCCACGUAUAUACAUAGACAAUUGUGUGUAUGAUGUGUGCAUCUAUAGAGGCAUUAGAAGUUUCCUCUGUGAUAACAUGCGGACCUAUGCUGAGGCUUGCAUGGCAGCUGAAGUGAAGAUUGAUCCCAACUGGAGGACGCUGUCAGAGUGCCCAUUGCCAUGCCCAGUAAACAGUCACUACGAGGCUUGUGGAACCGCAUGUGCUGCCUCCUGCGUGGAUCGUGAUGCACCAAGCAAAUGUGAAAUGCCUUGUGUGGAGGGCUGCCAGUGCAAUAACGGUUUUGUCCUCAGUGGAGACAAAUGUGUGCCACUGGCGCAAUGCGGCUGUUCCUAUGAGAAUCGUUAUUACCCUCCUGCUGAGGUAUUCUGGGGUGACCAGACGUGCACUAAGAAAUGCUCCUGCAAUUCUGGACAGGUCAAAUGUACACCCACAAAGUGCAAGACAUCCGAAGUGUGUAAAAUCCAGAAUGGUGUGAGAGAUUGCUACCCACUAUCCUACGGGCAUUGCGCGGGCAGUGGAGAUCCCCACUAUUUAACCUUUGAUGGGAGGCGCUUUGAUUUCCAGGGCACUUGCACAUAUUACCUUUCUAAACUGGUCAGCACAUCUGACCCUUCACUGGUGCCCUUCGAAGUUCUUGUCAAGAAUGAAAACAGAGGAAUGAAUAAGGUUGUUUCCUUCACCAAGACUGUGGAGAUCAACAUUUUUGACUACACCAUUAUCAUGAGUAAAGACAGUUAUGGUAAAGUGAUGGUCAACAACCUGUUUGUAAAUUUGCCAUUUGAGAAAGGGGGUGGUCAGCUAUCCAUAUUCCGCAGUGGUUACUUUGGAGUGGUUAAAACAGACUUUGGAAUGAAUGUGAGAUUUAACUGGGAUAGCUAUGUUGAAAUCACUCUCCCCAGCACAUACAAUAGCCUAGUAGGAGGUCUCUGUGGUAACUGGAAUGGGAACUUAAAUGACGACCUGGCGUUCCCAAACAAAAGCAUUACAACAAACGCUAAUGCAUUUGGAAACAGCUGGAAAGCCAGAAAUGACCCUGAUUGCUCAGCAGACUGCAAAGGCCAGAAGUGUCCCAAAUGUGAUGCUGUUGACAGGAAUAAGGAUGUUUUCACAAAACCUUGCAGCCUGAUUACAGAUGCAAAUGGCCCAUUUAAAGCAUGUCAUAGCCAAAUCAGUCCCACCAAGUUCUAUGAAGACUGUGUGUAUGAUAUGUGUAUGUAUGGUGGUCAUUCUACAGCCCUCUGCAGUGCUCUUACAGCCUACACAGCUGCAUGCCAGACAGCACACCGCAUUGUGGAGAAAUGGAGAACAAAUAAUUUCUGUCCUGCAUCCUGCAAACCUAACAGCCACUAUGAUGUGUGUGCUGCUGGAUGUCCCCAGACCUGCAACGGCUUGACUGAGCCCGCAGCUUGCCAGCGUGCACCCUGCAUCGAAGGCUGUGUUUGUGAUGUCGGAUUUGUCCUGAGCAACGGCGAAUGUGUGCCAAUGGAGCGAUGCGGAUGUGCAUAUGAAGGCCAGUACUAUAAGCUGGGCCAAGUCUUUUACCCCAAAGGCAAGUGCAGCCAGAGGUGUGUCUGUGAGGAGCAAGGAAAAGUCACAUGCAAAGACAAUUUCUCCUGCGGUCCUAAUGAGCAGUGUGUAAUCCGUGAUGGGGUUCAAGCCUGCCAUCCUAGUGGCAAAGGAUCUUGCUCAGUCUCUGGUUCAGGCAACUACCACUCAUAUGAUGGAAACCAUAUCAGAGUGCCAGGGAACUGUGUGUACAAACUGGUAGAAACAGUCCAGACUGCAAUUCAGACGAAGAUGCCUUUCAGUGUGACAGUGCAGCAAGUAUCUUCUGCCAUAGUAAUCACAAGAAGAAUCAACAUAGUUAUAGCCCAGUAUAAGAUUGCCCUGAUUCCUGGACUUCUGUGGGAAAUAAGGGUGGAUGAAUUUAAAGCUAUUCUCCCAGUAACACUUGAAAGAGGACUGGUGAAGGUCUAUCAGAGUGGUGCCUUCAUUAUCUUGGAAACCUCUUUUGGACUAAAGGUGACCUAUGACACUGUGUCAGUGGCCACAGUUGAAAUCCCUUCCACUUACAAAAAUGCUGUCCGAGGUCUGUGUGGCAAUUAUAAUGAUAACAAGGCAGAUGAUUUACUAAUGCCAAAUGGUAAUCUGACUUCCUCCGCUGAGAAAUUUGUGGAAGCUUGGCGGGUGAUUCAGGAAGGAGUGAACUGUCACACAGGGUGUCGACCAGGCCCCACAUGCCCAGGGCCUGGACCAGAAGACAAUGACUGCAGGAUCCUAACUUUGGUGAAAGGCCCACUCUCUAAUUGUCAUUCCAAGGUUCCACCUUUACCAUUCUACAAUGCAUGUGUAAAGGAUGUCGCAUCAUACCCAGAAGAUAAGACACUUGUUUGCCGCUAUGUUCAAAACUAUGUGGCUCGUUGUCAGCAAGCUGGUAUCUCCAUCAGCAGCUGGAGGAAUGCAACCUUCUGUCCAAUGACUUGUCCUGUAAAAAGUCACUAUGAGCUAUGUGCAGACACCUGCUCGUCAACUUGUGCCAGCCUUACCGAGUCAUCUAGUUGUUCAGAGUGUCUUGAAGGCUGCCAGUGUGAUGAAGGCUUUGUCUCUGAUGGAGGCACCUGUAAGCUUGUAGAUGAUUGUGGUUGUUUAGUGGAGGGAAGGUAUUACAAGUCUGGGGAAUCAGUAGUCAGAGGAGACUGUAUAGAGACAUGCACCUGUAAGGCUGGACAGUUCUCAUGUCAGUCCAUGAAAUGUAAGGAAGAAGAGGUCUGUCGCAAAAAGGACGGCGUUCCAACAUGCAUGCGUGAUCCCUGCAGCAUAACGAAAUGUCGUGAGAAAGAGCGAUGUGUGGAGAGGAACAGUGUAGCAGUGUGUGUGGCCAGCUCUAAGGCCUCAUGCCGAGUUGUUGGAGAUCCUAACUAUGAAACUUUCGAUGGAAGCAGGUUUUCUUUUCAGGGCACCUGCUCUUAUGUUAUGGUUAAGACGUCGGGUGCAGACAAAAGCCUCACAGAGUUCACUAUCAUUAACAAGAACGAACUCGCCCAUAGCACACGUGGCUCUUUCAUAAAGACAGUCACCAUAAAGUUCCCAGGCCACGAAAUUAUCAUUAAUCAACGUGCCCACGGCAAAGUGAAAAUUGAUGGUAAAGAAUCUCUCCUGCCUGUGAGUCUGGACUCUGACCGUACCAGGAUAACUCAAUCAGGAAUAAGGGGAAUCCUGGAGACAGACUUUGGUUUGGAGGUCACUUUUGACUGGGGCGAGUUCUUCAAGGUGACAGUGUCCAGUAGCUACUAUAAAAACCUAGUGGGCAUGUGCGGAACCUAUAAUGACAACCCCAAUGAUGACUUUGUAACACCGUCAGGCGUUCCUGUCAAAAACAAUACAGAGUUGGGGCAGUCAUGGAGUGUUUCCAGCAGUGACCCCAAAUGCUGGCACUUCCCCCCAUGCUCUGAAGAGGAGAAGCGCCAGUAUAGUGGCCCAAAGUUCUGUGGCUUGCUAGAAGACGAAGCUGGGCCAUUCGCUAGCUGCAACAAUACAAUUAAAUUGGAGCAUUUUACAUACAGCUGUCUCUUUUAUACAUGUCUCACUCACGGAAACCGUGACAACUUCUGCAACAUCAUGACCACUUUUUCAAACACCUGCAAGUGGUCAAACACUGAAGUGCCACAGUGGUGGAGGCAGAUUACUAACUGCAAGCUGGACAAAUAAUCAAGAGGAGGGAGUCAGGGACUUAUGAUGUCCAACCGUGAUUACAAAAAAGGAAUCAAGUUAUUUUUCUUCUAUUUUUAAUCAAUGUCAUACAGAUAUAUCUGCUGGGCAACUGUUUUGGGUAAUGUGAUUAAAUAAUUAAUCACUUUUUCUAAUUAAUCAAAAACAAAAAAUUGAUCAAAAUUUCAAAAAUUUUAAUAGAAUCAUACUUUUGCUUGUUCUCUUUUCCUGUUACCGAAUGCUUGCAAGAUUUCAAUAAAUAAAGAUUAUUGUAUCACUAUACAA